GUCAAAAAUGUGACGUGAAGAUUUUGGACACGUGAGACAGGAGGAGUCGUGUGAUAUGAACUGUGAUCUAAAGCUCUUGGUCCACAGCACACACACACACACACACACAUACAGUGCCUUCACAUCUUCAUGCACACCUUUACAUACGGACUGGAUUUCGUGCAUGCAGGAUGUUUUGUCACAAAGUGCUGUCCUUUCUUAAGAGCCUGUCCAGGCGAAAGCCACUGGAGCCCGAUGGUGAAGAGUCCAACUUUAAACGUUGUUUAACCACGCUUGACCUGGUUGCACUCGGGGUGGGAAGUACACUCGGUGCUGGGGUCUAUGUGCUCUCUGGAGAAGUCGCCAGAACAGUUUCUGGUCCGAGCAUCAUAGUCUCAUUCUUUAUCGCCGCCGUGGCAUCGGUGUUCGCCGGCUUGUGCUACGCAGAGUUCGGUGCCCGAGUCCCCAAAACAGGCUCGGCGUAUCUGUACAGUUAUGUUACCGUGGGAGAAGUGUGGGCCUUCAUCACCGGCUGGAACUUACUACUGUCAUACAUCAUAGGGACAUCCAGCGUGGCCAGAGCGUGGAGUGGCACUUUCGAUGAUCUGAUUGGAAAUAAGAUUGCCAAUUUUUUCUUGGAAAAAACACCAAUGAAUUUACCUGGGCUCGCCCCCUAUCCAGACUUCUUUGCUGCUGGUCUUAUCAUGCUGUUAGCAGGUAUUCUUGCGUUUGGCGUCAAGGAGUCUGCUAUUGUCAAUAAGGUCUUUACAGCUGUAAAUAUGGUCGUGCUACUCUUCGUCAUCAUUGCCGGGUUCAUCAAGGGCGACAUCGGAAAUUGGCAGAUAACAGAGGAGGAAAUAAGGAACUACACAAUAUCUGUAAAUAUCUCGCUUAAUGACACAUCCAGUUUUGGGUCUGGUGGAUUCUUUCCAUUUGGUUUUGAUGGAACCUUUGCCGGAGCAGCGACAUGUUUUUAUGCCUUUGUGGGAUUUGACUGCAUUGCGACCACAGGUGAGGAGGUCAAAAACCCUCAGAAGUCUAUCCCGAUUGGUAUCGUAGCUUCUCUUCUCAUCUGUUUCGUGGCUUAUUUCGGCGUGUCGGCUUCACUAACGCUCCUGAUGCCCUAUUACCAACUGAGUGUUCAGAGUCCUCUACCUGUGGCCUUCACCUAUGUGGGCUGGGAACCUGCGAAGUAUGCCGUUGCUGUCGGGUCUCUGUGCGCUCUCUCGACAAGUCUGCUGGGCGCCAUGUUUCCAAUGCCCCGUGUGUUGUUUGCCAUGGCCAGAGAUGGACUGCUAUUCAAACCGCUGAAAAACAUGAGCUCUCGACAGAGUCCGGUUAUCGCCACAAUCACAUCUGGAGUGAUAGCUGCAAUAAUGGCCAUGGUGUUUGACCUGAAGGCUCUGGUAGACAUGAUGUCUAUUGGAACGCUCUUUGCUUACACGCUUGUAGCCAUUUGUAUCCUAAUCCUAAGAUAUCAAUCAGACCCAAGUGAAAUCGACGAGAAGUCAGAAUUUCAUAAACAGAAAUGGAAUCCGUUUCGUCCCCCUAAAUCUCCUACGGCUACAAGUUCUAAAACCGUAUCUCUCCUCACCAUGUUGUGCAUUGUGUUUGCCGUCAUCAUCAGCGUAGCCAUCACUAAAGGUGUACAAGCUAAUGUGAUAGGGGAGUGGUGGAUGAUUCUGAUUAUCACAUUGGUUGUGGUGGCUCUUGUUGGGACAGUCAUUAUCAUCUGGCGACAGCCACAGAGUGAAACUAAGGCUGCUUUUAUGGUUCCCUUGUUGCCAGUCCUUCCUAUUUUUAGUACAUUCGUCAAUAUCUAUUUAAUGGUCCAGUUGGGAGGUGAAACAUGGAUUCGCUAUGCAGUGUGGAUGGCAGUGGGAUUGGCCAUCUACUUCUGUUAUGGAGUGCACUUUAGUGUACAAAAGAAACGAAACCAGUCUUCCUCAAAUGCUGUCUGUGAUAAGACCAAUGAAUACAACAUGAAAGAAGAACACAGCAAUGGAUCCGAUAUACCUCCACUACAAACAAAGCUGUAAAGGCAACAUUGAUAUCUAAUGUUUAGUUCUUCAAACAGAGCUUUAGUAUUAUCUGUUUUUUACCAGAUCCUUAGAUUCAGAAUUAUUUUUAUGAUAUAUUAUGAUAAAUGCUUCUAUUUAUAUAUGUUAUCAUAUUUUAAGCUAAUAGAAUAGUUUUGUAUUUUGCUUGUAUCCUAAAGCACAUCAUAAUUUUGGAAUUUUUUAUUACAGUAGCACCUGUUAACAUGUUAAAACUAAGAUGUUAAGAAUAAAUGUUUGGUCUUUGUGGGCACAUGCAUAAAUAAAUCUAAUAUUUAACAUGUAAUCAUAAUGGCUAGUUGCUGUAUUAGUUUCAUUUUACAAUGUCCAUAGAAACAUUUAGUGAUUAUUUGUGAAUAUUAUCUUAUUUAUCUUCAGCUAUGGUGCCAAAGGGAACUUUAACAAGUUUAUACCUUAUUUUAACCCUGUUUUUUCAGUUUCACCAAUUAUUUGCCUAGGCAAAUAAUCAAAUUUCUUUGUUCAAAUAAAAACAUUUCUCUUUGUUGAAACAGAUUGCUUCAAUCUUAAGAAAAAAGUAAAAUAACAUGACAUGAAACUUAUGUUGUGACAAUAAUGGCCAGAAGAUGGCUGCCAUGUUCAUGUAGCCAUCUUUCGUGAAGUAUAUCAAUAUUAUAUCACUCAUCUAUACAUUUGGAUAUGCAUUUACACUUUAUGCAAAAAUUAAUUGUCAAA